GCACUUGUUCACAAUGUUCGCAAAAUAACAGCGCGAAAGCUGUGACAUUCAGUGCGUCUCCGUGGGCUCUCUUCUUUGAAGUACGCUAUAUCGAACUUCCGCCUGAUUAGAUCUGGCUGUGUGCGGUCGGUAUUUGGAGCUGCUCCCUUGUUUUUCCACAGCCACGGCGGCUGGAUCUCCCGUUAAUGCGAGUUUAGAACGACGCCACUGGGGUAAACCAGCUUGUGACCUCACUGAGGCUUGUUUUGUGUCUCCCCUCGGUCUUCAACCAGGGAUCCUUCGCAGUGUUAUAGAAAGGACAACCAUCUUUGACGCAGACGUCUACGGGAUAUUUCUCAGGAUGGCAGUUUUCAGCUUACUUCUGUCUUUGGCUGCUCAGACGCUAACUUUUCUCUUCUUUCUGCUCGUCGUUGUGUUUCUCGGAUACUGCUUGUAUGUUAAACACAUUCAUAUGAAAUAUGACCACAUACCCGGCCCACCGACGGACAGUUUUCUCUUCGGACACUCAGCAUCGCUUUUGAGGAUAAUGAAAAAUGGCGGAAAUAUGCACCAGAAACUUCUGGAGUGGGCGGAUGAGUAUGGGCCUGUCUACAAGAUAUAUGCUCUGCAUUACGCUGUAGUGUGUGUGUCCUGUCCCGAGGCAACAAAGCAAAUAUUGAUGUCCACAAAAUACCCCAAAGAUAAACUUGUUUAUAAGAGACUUGCCAACCUGUUUGGUCAAAGGCUCUUAGGCAACGGCCUGGCAACAGCACGGGAUCAUGAGCAGUGGUACAAACAGCGCCGGAUCAUGGACCCUGCAUUCAGCAGCCUGUAUCUGAGAGGUCUGAUGGGAACCUUCAAUGAGAGGGCAGAGAAACUGAUGGAUAAACUUGCAGAUGUUGCCGACAGUAAAACAGAAGCUAAUAUGCUCCAGCUUGUCAACUAUGUUACCCUGGAUGUUAUUACUAAGGUUGCUUUCGGGGUGGACUUGGACCUGCUGAAGAACACUUCACAGUUCCCUAAAGCCAUUGAGACAUGUUUGAAAGGGAUGGCUCACUACAUUAGAGACAACUUUUUCGAGUUUAAUCCAAAGAACAGAGGAUACAUUAAUGAGGUGAGGGAAGCGUGCCGCCUGCUGCGCAAAACUGGAGCUCAGUGGAUCGCUGAGAGAAAGGCCGCCAUUGAAAACGGUGACGAGGUCCCCAAAGACAUCCUGACACAAAUCAUCAAAACUGCCAACCAAGAGGAAAUCAUGACUGAAGAAGAUGAGGAAUUUAUGCUGGACAAUUUCGUGACAUUCUUCAUUGCCGGCCAAGAAACAACAGCCAAUCAGCUGGCUUUUUGCAUCAUGGAACUCGGAAGACAUCCUGAUAUACUGGAGAAAGCGAAGAAAGAAGUGGACGAUGUUAUUGGGAUGAAACGUGAAAUAAGCUACGAUGACCUGGGCAAGUUGGUCUACCUGUCACAGGUGCUAAAAGAGACUCUGAGAAUUUAUCCCGUGACUCCGGCCACAUCUCGUGAUAUUGCUGAAGACAUGGUCAUUGAUGGUGUCCACAUACCUGGAGGAUUUGUUGCUGUAUUCAGCUCCUAUGUGAGCGGGAGACUGGAGAGAUUCUUCAAGGAUCCACUGAGAUUUGAUCCAGACAGAUUUCACCCAGAUGCUCCCAAGCCUUAUUACUGCUACUACCCCUUUGCCCUCGGUCCUCGCUCGUGUCUGGGAAAGAACUUUGCUCAGAUGGAGGCUAAAGUGGUGAUGGCCAAACUGCUCCAGAGGUUUGACUUCACUCUCGUCCCGGGACAGACCUUUGACAUCCUGGAUGCUGGAAUGCUCAGACCUAAGAGUGGAGUAAUUUGCUCUUUCGCUCACAGGGAAUAAAAAGAAUAAAUGGCCAUAAAGCACCAAUACAUUAGAAGAGGUCAUAGUAGUCUAUAGAGUAAAACUGGGCUUUUAUUCAUAUCUAAAACUGUCACUUAAAAAAGAAGAAGAAAACCUUGUAAUGAAAACAAUAAUGGUGUGAUUUAAAUACAUAGCAUAUUCAUAUGAAGUUAUGUCGUGUUUUUUAUUUAUUACAAUAAUGAAUAUAAAACUACUUGUUGGCCAACAGGGAGUCUGUAGAAACGGUGCUGCUGUUGGCUGAAGACAAAGGAAGAGUAAAAGGGGAAGGUAUGUUUGGAGGCAGAGAGAGAGAGAAGGUAGGAGUGUGGAGGUGAGAGUAGGAAUUUAAAAUGUAGGGACUAUGACUGGUGGAGGUGGUGUGACAGAAGAGGAUCCUAGGGAUGGAAUGAGGUGGAGGCAGAUGAUCUGGAAACUACUAAAGGAAGCAGGAAAAAGAAGAGGAAGAAAUCCUUUCUGAUGCAACAACAAAAGGAGUCGUGUGUCUGUGCGAAUGACCAGAUCUUUUGCUUGAUAGGCAAAUGUGUUAACCACUACACUUCAGAGCCACCCAUUACAAUAGUCAGUAUAUAGAAACAUUUUUGAGGGGCGCUGGUCUCUAAGGUAUUGCCAUUUGUUACUUUUAUACACUGCUGAUAUAUAUUUUUUAGUUUAUAUUAUGUAGUUGCUUUUUCAUAGCCAUUGAACCACAGAAGCUUUAGUGUCUGUAACUAAUUUAAGCACAGGUUUUAUGUAAAUGAAAAUAAAACUGAAACUUUAAUGUUUGUCAGUGUGAUGUGAUUUCUUAUGUACCCAACUUGCUCUUUUAAUGCAAUUACCAACAGUGUACACAUGGGGGCGCUAAGCUCCUGCACAGAAACCUGACUUUUAAAGCAGAGGCAGCACAACAACAGCUGCAAAACACGAUCAAGACUAUCGAUUAAAAUGUUAUCCAAUAAAACAUCAGUGUUAUUAAACGAUUCAAAAUCACAGAUAUAAAACAAACACUCAAUAUACCUACAAUAUUGAUCGAUUUCCCCGCGCGCAGUCGAUCUAGAGCUUGAUUGAUUCCUCCAUUAAAACUCGUGUUCACACUAAUAAGUCCAGCAGCACGCAUAAAAAACGGGCACCUACCAUAAUAAAUUAUUAGAUCUGCAGACUGCAGAUCUAAUAAUUAAUCUCCAAAGGUCUGGAACUUCCCACAGAAGACCACUGACCUCCCCUCACACACCCACUACCUUUUAAAGCUCCUGGGCCAAUCACACGGCAGAAGUCAGCGAACUGUCAAGGGACACUUGUUACACACCUUUAACACGGACGUCUCCGGGACAUUUUCCAGGAUGGCACUUUCCAGCCUGCUUCUGAGCCUGGCUGCUCGGGCACUUACGUUUCUCUUCUUUCUGCUCGUCAUUGCGUUUCUUGGCUACUGCUUGUACAUUAAAUACAUUCAUAUGAAGUAUGACCACAUCCCCGGGCCGCCGAGGGACAGUUUUUUCUUCGGACACUCACCAACGAUGUUGAAGGCGAUGAAAAAUGACGGAAUUAUACACGACAAUUUCUGGAGUGGGCGGAGAAGUAUGGACCUGUUUACAGGAUAAAUAUGUUUCACUACGUUUCACUGUGUACGUACUGUCCAGAGGCCACCAAGGAAAUCCUGAUGUCCCCAAAGUACCUUAAAGAGAAGUCUGUCUAUAAAAGACUCUUCAACCUGUUUGGUCAAAGGUUCUUUGGAAAUGGGCUGGUAACAGCACGGGAUCAUGAGCAGUGGUACAAACAGCGACGCAUCAUGGACCCUGCGUUCAGCAGCCUGUAUCUGAGAGGUCUAAUGGGAACCUUCAAUGAGACAGCAGAGAAACUGAUGGAUAAACUUGCAGAGCUUGCUGACA